GUCCAUGUAAGGGAUGGCACCCUCUCAAAUCAGGUGAGCUGUCCUGCUGCUGGACAGAUGAACAUUAAGCGGCGGCUCUGCUGUGCAGGAAGCCUCUUGCUGAUUGCCGUUAUUCACAAGUACUUUGAUGUCCGGCGUAAAAGUCGGUCGUCUCUUAUAAUUUUGGCUGCAGUCAGCAGAACAGAAACCGCUAAAGACAAUGGUCAUUUAAAAGAUGAGAAGCCUGAAGGAGAAGAUGGACUGGAAAAAUUAAAAACCACUUGUGAAGAUGAGGGCCAAGCCAACAGCCUUAAAAUGGAGGAGGAGCCUUUAAAAACAGCUUCUGAAAUAAAGACUGAGCCGGCCUCAGAGGAGAAUCAAAUUGCCAAAGAAGAAUGUGACUCCUUUAAAGAAAAUGUGAAGCCUUUAUCACCAGAGUUGAAGGAAGAAAAAGAAAAACCAAAAGAUGUAAAAGAUUCUAAAGGUAGCUGUGAUCAGGUAACCCCACCUCGAGAACCUGAAAGGACAGAGGUAUCAGUAAUUGUUAAACGUACUGAGGAUCCUGUAGAAAAGUCUACCGAGGACACAGAGAAAAUAAAAAAUGAUCAGCAAGCUAAAAUACCUUUGAAAAAACGUGAGCUUAAAUUGACUGACGAUUUCGAUAGUCCUGUUAAAGCAACGCUGAACAAACCCAAGGAAGCUCUGCUAAAAGAUGGGAAGAAAGAGGAUGAGCACAUUAAAAAUGCUUUAAGUCUCGUUUUAGAAGGGAAGCAACUCGUAAAUGGUGAAAUUAAUAAUGAAAAAACAACCUACAAAGGAAAGUUAGAUCUUGUGGAGGAAAAUAGCAGUGACAUAAAAGAAAAAGAUGAUGGCUCAUUGAAGGAGGAAAAUGGUAUUUUACACGAGAAACAAAGUACUGGUGUUAUUAAAAGUUUGAGCGAUGUUAUAGAGUGUAACAAAUCUUUAGGCACAGAUAAGUCUGAAUUAUCAGUGAAAAGUCUUGUAAAUGAUGUCACUUCUCCAUCUGCUGAGAAAUUGAAACAAAAGUCACUUUCAGGAGAAGGGCAUGACGGUGCUUUGUUGAAAACCGUUAGUAUCGAUGAAGAUAUUAAGAAAAAAGCAAUGGCCUCACCCUCUAUUGUAGACAAACAGGUGAUAGAAAAAGAAGCAGAUAAUGUUGACAGUAGUACUAAGUGUAGUACAGAUUCUUCUUUAUCCAAUAAAACAGCAAAGGUUUGUUUAGACGAAAGCAACACAACAAGUGAUGUCCCACAAAAUUUAACAGAGGAGUGUAAUUCAGAAAAUAAAAAGGACCAAAAUUUAUGCAAAAGUGAUCUUACAAAUCAAACUGGAGAUAAAGAGGAUUCUGAAGUGCAGUCUAAAUUAAGUGUUCCUGUAAAAACCACAAAAUUACGGCCAUCCAGAAAAGCUGCUAGAAAAAAUUCUGCAAAAAACAGAGAGAGAGAUAAUGCAACAUCCUUAGAAAAAUCUUCAAAAGAGCUAAUUAAAAGUGAUACAACAGAAGCAGCAGAAGCAGCAGAAAAUGAGAAAUCUUCAGAAACUGAUAAAAAUAAUUCAUCAAAAAGCAAACAUAAAAAUAAAUCCACUUCAAAAGAGAGCAAAGAAGUGGGUACAGAUAGUGUGGUGACCGAAUCUCAGUUGAUAGAGGAUGGAAAAGUUGAUGGAACCCCUACUACAGUAGUGGAGACCUCCAAAUCUGAGGCAAAAACACCAGUUUUAAAAAGUAAACCUAAAUCUAAGCAAAUAUCAGAAGAUGAAAACAGUGAAACAGAAGGAAAGGAAAUGACUUCUGAGAGACAGAAGGAUGGCCUAAAGCUAACAAUCAGGAUCUCCAGCAAGAGGAGGAGGGGCGAAGCAUUACUAUUGGCUUCCAUGGCUAGAGAAGCCGAAGAAGCUGAGGUAGAAGAAAGUAUAGGUCGGAAUUUGCGUCGAUCUCCAAGGAUUUCUCGUCCCACUGCUAAGGUAGCUGAAAUCAGAGAACAAAAACCGGAAAAGAAGCAAAGCGAUGAGGAGGAAAAACCUGUUGAACAGAAACCAGAAAAGGAUGAGGAAAUAAAACCUGAAAAGGACCCUUGCACCAAGUUAAAGAGGAAUAAACCUAGGCAAAGGAGACGAGCCCGUUGGACCAUCUUUCGGUCACGUCGGAAGCGUAAAGAGUCCAGCGAGGAGGAAAGUGAAGAAUCAGACAGUGAGGGGGACUCGGAGGUAGGAUCAGAAGAGGAGGGAAACAAAGAGGGUGUGCCAGGUGAAGAUGAUGAGCCAUGCAAGAAAUGUGGCCUUCCCAACCACCCGGAGCUGAUUUUGUUAUGCGACUCCUGUGACAGUGGAUACCAUACAGCUUGUCUACGACCACCUCUGAUGAUAAUUCCUGAUGGAGAAUGGUUUUGCCCUCCUUGCCAACAUAAAGUUCUCUGUGAGAAACUUGAAGAACAAUUACAAAAUUUAGAUGUGGUUUUGAAAAAGAAAGAGAGAGCAGUUCGAAGAAAAGAAAGAUUGGUUUAUGUGGGAAUCAGCAUUGAGAACAUCAUCCCAACCCAAGAAGUUGAAGAGGUCCCGGAAGUUCAGGAAAAAGAAGAAAAGAAGAAGAAAAAACCAAAGCCACUGGAAAGACGAUCAACAAGGACAAGGAAAUGUAUAAGCUACAG